GAUAGAAGAAGAAGAUGGAUACCGGGGAAUCAGGAAGUAGCUAGCGGCCCGUGUGUUUGGUGGAUACCAGUAAGUCACCCUGGUAACUGACUCUUGGCUAAGGCGGGAGACAGAAAGUUUCCCUUUGUGUAACCGCAGAGCUGUCAUGGCGGAGGAACAUGAAGUAACAGAGAGCAGACGUGUCUGUGUGCCGGCGCGGGGGACAGCAGGUGACCCUGCGCUGUCAGUCCCUCGGGUACUCGGCUCCGCAGAUCACGCACCGAGGAAAAAGUUAAUUCUACACAUGGACCUGAAUAACACAAUCCUAGUCUCGGACACGGUGACCGGACAGGGGACGGUCGCUGCUCUGGACUACUUCCUCUCCACCGUCACCUGGGGGAAGAUGAGCAAACACGGAAAAUGGGAAUGGCUGAGUGACGCCGCCUCCCUGUUACCUCCCUGCAGCGACGCCUCCAGCUACUACUCUCAGUUUGGACGCUCACCAGGCUUCACCUCUGUUGCUGGGCGACGCUUCAAAGGCCUGCUGGAGGAACAUCUGGAGCUGCUCCGCUGGCCUGAGGGCGUCAAGGAAGACAGACAGCUGUCUGUUAAAGGAGAAGAUGGCCGACUCUACCACUGGAUCCUCCCAUCCUUCUUCCAGCUGAUCAGAGAUCUGGCGGGGGAAGGACGGGAGUUUGCCAUUGUUUUCCGCACGUUUGGGACAGACCUGCCUCGGGUGCUGAAGGCCGUGUCUCGAGCAGUCAAUGAGGGAGCUCACCCACUGUUCCCUGAUCUGCCUGAGCUGAAGCUCAGAGUGGAUAUGACUCCGGGUAAGAUCCUCUGUAGCAAGCGAGGGGUCGUCCUGAGCCGGGCUGAAGAGCGCGUGUCCACUCGUGAUGGAGAGAGAGGACUCUACCAAUACUUGAGUUCUGUGCAGGGUCUCGGCGGUUUCCAGGACCACUUUGACUGGUGGGCUACCAACACUUUCUCCAUCCGAGGAGGGAAGCCCCUAUGGAUUGACCCCUUUGACCAGAAUGUUCAGCAUGUCUUUAUAGACGACAAUAUCCGACAAAAUGAUGAGGACACCAUUGUUAGUCCAAAGGUGUUUCUGGAGCCCGGCGGCCAUGACACCCGUGCAGCGUGCACUGCGGAGCUGUACGACAUCUCCUUGGUCCAGACCGACCUCCUACGAGCCAUUUCGGAUCGCAGCUACUUCACCCAGCGCGUUCACAUCUGUCUGGAAAACUGUGAGAGUAACAUCUGGAAUGGGACAGUCUAGAAGACAACUUCUAGGUUGCUGUGAGGUUUGUCCAUGUGACAAUUGGCAGUUUGCAGUGCUGCUGUCAACUAAACAACACUUCCGUCCCAGCUCGCUAAGAGUCACUGCCACUUUAAUUGUGGUGUAGGGUCAUCUAGUCAUCUAGGUCAAAAGUAAAGACCUUACUGUGGUGGAAGAUUGUGAGCUAUUCAUCGGCAGUACAUGGACUUACAAAAGUGUAGCACUGAGAUUACUUAAAUUGCAAUUAUUAUUUAUAAAAUAUGGGAUUCACAAAAGAUUGCCAGUUUUAUACAAAGAGCACUUACAGUUAAACCUACAUUAUCAUUCACCCGGCAGAUUUUACAUUUUUAUCUAGUUUUGUCUUGGCGAUAAAAACGCUGUAAAAUGACUUUCAGCUUUAUUUUAUUUUUUUAAAUGUCAUGUCAAACAUGAUUUAUAGCCACCCACUAAUCAAUGGAAAAAACACUUCAGUUUAUAGACGUCCGUUAUUAGAUCUGUAAACAGACCGCUGCUGUGUGACGUUCUGUUUCUGCACAUGCGAGUCGUAUUGGGAGUGAGUCUCCAUUCACACAGAGAAGUCUGGUUGUGGUCGUAUUAAAUUAGCAGCAUGAACGAACACACAAAAAAUAAAAAUUGAGAUUUUAGCAAAAAAUCUGAAUUGAGGAUCAAGGCCUGACGUGUGAACGUAGCCUUUGGCGUAGUUUCUUCAUGACUUUACCACCUCUUUACUUUCCAAAACAUUUUCAUUGUGCAGUAAACGAGGGCCACCCACAUCUGAUUGGAUGGUACUUAAAUAAUUAGCAAUUUUUUUAUUUUGCAAUUCAAGCUGUUUUUUUUACAAUAGGCCUAUAACAUACAGCGAUAUUGAGAUAACAAAACUUUUGCAGCAAAUUGUUCACUUGGCCACUCCAAGACUUUACUUUCAGUCAGAAGGAACGUUGGCCAUGUAAUAUAAGUAAUAUAUUAGUAAUCAGUAAUAUAAAAGAUUACUGAAAACUUAAAUCUGGCAGGAGUUUUGGGUUAAAGUUUUACUGCUGAGAUGGUAAUUUGACUGUCAGACUUGGACUUAAGUUGUGCUUUAAUUGCAAAAACAAAGACUUGUGCCUGAGCUCCCAUGACUUGAGACUUGACUUAGACUUGUUGUCUGGCACUUGAGUCUCCUUAACAGUUUUUGUUUAAUUUUUAAGGAGUGUAUGCUCUGGAGGGCGGCUUGCUACAUGCUCAUACUUUAUUCUGAAAUGGUAGCCUUCAUUUCUUUACCAGUCGAACUACAGAUUACAACAGUCUGUUCAUGUUUGCUGUAGCUUCAAGAUUGUGACCCCACAGAUAAUCUCCAACUGUAUUAAACAAUGUAAACAAUGUUUCUUCACAAGAUACUUGAGUCUAAAAAUGGUAUCAAACAGCUAAAGUGUUUUCAAAAACAUAGCAAAGCCACUUGAGCUGUUGGGUUUGUUGUGUUUUUACCUCAACGUUUGUUAUCGUUAGGUCAGAGGAGUUAGAUGCCGAUACUUGAAUGUGUCUUUAUGAAUGAAUUGUGAUUAAAGAAUCACAAUUCAUAACGUAGCAGUCGUAAAUUGGUGUAUCCCAAUUGUCCUUAGGUCGGAGUGUGUGGCUGGUUAUUUGUCCAACCAAGCGACCAGGGUGUACUCCUGACCGCACCAUCAAGGAUAAGCUGGUAUGGACAGAUGGAUGGACGUGGAUCUGAACAGACUUGAACAUGUUGCACUGAAACACUGUGGAAGUGUCUUACUGUGAAGUUCUGAAUGUACAUGUAUGCUACUGUAACACUCUUUGAUGUAAGAUAAUGUUUUUGCUGAAUCAUAUCAGAAAGCUCCAACCAAAGCAUUGGUUCAAUGAUAAUUGGACAAGUUACAUGUGUUAGCGCUGUUGUAAACAGAAUCGGGUAAAAUAAAGGAGACAGUGAUGGAAGCCCAGAGAGGACAAAAAUCUGUCGAAGCAGAACAUUUUGAAUAUAGCUUGGUAUUUAAAUCUGAUGUCGGUACUCACUAUUGAGAUCAGAAAUCUUCCUUCACCAUAAAUGUUUUUUUCUAAAGAUGACUUAUGAUCACACUGUGAACCAGGUUUUAGGGGAAGGUUUUUACCAAGCACUCCUCAGAGCAGAUUUGUCUAAAAAAAACUCUACUGGGACGAUGUUGGGGCUUCAUUUGCAUUGACUUAUUCUCUUAUUCUUUAAAGCACUUAGUGUGAAGUAUUUUUUUAAAAGUUUUCUUUAAAGGUUUUAGAGUAUAUUUAAUAUUUGGUUUUAGAGAGGUCAGGUUAUGAAGAGCUAAAUGAACCAUCAAAUAACCUAAAAGCACUUUGAGUAAGGAUGGUAUAAAUUGCACGUGAAGGCAGAUAAUUGCAGUGUUUUUAUUGAGGCUGAGGACAGGCUUUACAUUACGUAGCCCAAACUGAAGACUCCUUUACAUGUUGAUAUAACAUAAUUACACUGCCAAAUAAGGACUAUUAUAUUAUUUCAAUAAAUGUAAAACUUGAAAUGAGUCAGAGAAAGAAAGCAUUACAUAUUUAUUAAACAUAAAUGGCUCUAAAAAUAUGUUAUUUACACAAUUGACUAGAAACUAGAAAAGUUUCAGUUUUAUCCUAGGUGGAGUUUAUUUGUUUCAUGCUGUCAGUAAAUUAUCUUCACAUAUUGAGUUAAAGGGGGAAAAAAGCCUCCCAUAGUUACUGUCAGUAACCAGGUGAACUGAGAUCAAAGAUUCAUCUGUUUGUGGUGGCAAAAUAAGUAUGAAUCCUAGUUCAGCAUAGAGACAAAUGGCUGGAAAAAAAAAUCUGCUUCGUCACAUCAUAUUUAUACACUGGUAAACAAAGUCAGGGAUUACUAAUUAUGUUCCUGGCACCAAAAAAGCCAGGAACAUAUAUUUCCAUAUAAAUCAUCAAGUCUAUCUUGAGAGUUCUCAAAUACUUUCAGUGACUGAUUAUGAGGCUGAGAUAAAAAAGCAAAUUUAUAUUUGGGUCUUUUUCGCCUCUUUACCAACUAUGCCAAAAAUGUAGCUGAUACAGUAUGCCAGUAUUUCCCAUGCCUGGUUCUCAAGGCACACAGCCCUGCAUGUUUUAGAUGUUUCCCUGCUUUACUACGCCUGAUUCAGCUGAUUGCAGCUCACCAAACACCUUUCAUUGAAAUCACCUGGGCUGAAGCAAGAAAACACCUAAAACAUGCAGGGCAGGGAGCCUUGAGGACCAGGGUUGGGAAACACUGAACUAUGCAACAAUGAUGACUUUGGUUUAUUUUUAACUUUUUAAUUCUUAUCUGAAUUGCAUGGUUAGUCUCCACAUGUUGUUUUUUUUUACUGUGGUAAACAUAUCUGAAUUGUAUAGAAACGUUCAUUUACUAAACAUGCAAUUUUCUUUACUUUUAUGAAAAUCUUAAGAUACUGCAAAAAUAUUUCAUGGUUCUGUAAACUGCUGUUAUACCCUUGGAGGAGUAGACGGCGUCGUAUACAAUAAAAGUUUCUGAUUUUCUGUUGACCCAUGACAGGAAUAAGGGUCUUCCACUACUACAAUUUUUUCUAAAGUUGUCUGGAUUUACUUUUUUGUUUCAUUUUAUUCACCAAACGGAUUUGAAACCCAGGUGUUAAGGUUUGGUCUUUUGUAGAGUUUAUUUCUGGUUUUUGAGACCUUCCUCAUGUAUGUGGAAGGAAACCUGGCUUUAUUCCCCAGACGAUUUGCAGUUGUUUUGAAUUCUAGCAAUUGAAAUGAGGUUGUCAGUGAAAUGGUUUCUUCCUGGAACAAUUUACUGAAAUAUUUUGAAGCCAAAGCUGCUGGAAGACGUACCCCUCGAUGUGUAUUUUUAAUGUGUACAUCUUGUCAAAACUUGAAGUGUAAACAAAAACGUUUUCUGAAAUGUUUAUUUUUUUCCAUGCAAAACAUGAAUAUUCAACUAAAUAAAUGAUGGAAGUUUUGUUUCUCA